GCGACCCGUCGAGUAUCAUCAUCAUCACCACCUGAAGCAGCGGGUGCGGCUCGAGAAGAGCGCGCGUCGAAGGCACGAGCGCGGAGAAGAAGCAGACUGAGAAAUCAUCCAGGUCGCCAUGUCUUCCGCGCUUACCAGGCAUACGACGAUGACGGGUUCAGACUCGCCGUCCGAAAGCAGCCAUGGUUCUGCAACCACCGUCGACCAAACCGACGUGGGGGGCGACGACACGGAUUCAUCGCUGAAGGCCCUGGUCAGUGAUAUCGAGCAGCUGCCACCGUCGAAGGUGCCGCCCGUCUCGACCACCGAGAAAGACACUGUGUCUGCCGGUAAAGGCGGAGUCGCAGGUGCUGGCAGAGGAGCCGUUAAGCCAGUCGAUGGUACGGCCAUCCUCGCACCCGGAACACCUCAUACGGGGUCGCCUACGAAGCGUUCACUGGACGACAGCACGGCGAGUACAAACAUGGAUCGUGCCGUCAGCGAUGCGCAGCAGAAGCGCGACAAUCUCUGGCAGCGAUCACGAGUCCACCGUAGCGGCCGUAAAGGGCGCGGGAAACCGGGCUACGACGACGAGGAAGAGAUGGUGGCGACGUCCCCUGUCGGUGGAGGUCGUGGCGCGGCAGGUCGCGCGAGACCGACGGCGCGCCCUAAAGCGGUGGCCGCACCGGUGGUGCGCGGCCCUGCACCGCCUCCUGGUUUACCACCACCCUCAGGACAGACCGGCGGGGCUCAGCCAGGAGACAAAGAACCGGCCAGGCCGCGACUCGUCCUCUCCAAGAAGGGCCUCGUCAGGGCAGCACCAAACAAGUCGGAGCUGAACCCUGGCGCUGCCGCUGAGCCUCCAUCUGCGCAACCGAUGGUCAGCGGAGCCAAAUGUUCCGUCGCUGUAUCUCUCGGCAUGAUAAGCAGUGACCGCGACGAAGAGUCGUCCUCGACCUCGCCACCUCGCGAAGACACAGAUACCCCUCCUCCAGCUACUCCUCCAGAUCUUCCGUCGAUGAGGCGCCCAUCGGUAGCUGUCAAGCCGGCUGCCGCAGUUACGGCUCCUGCUGUCAUGCCGGCUGCAACAUCCAAGCCGCCGGAAGUGACUGCUGCUGUGACGUCGUCGGCUGAACCGGAAAAGGCCGCUGUGGCAGAGGAGGUGCCACUGGCACAACCGGCACUAUCGGCGACGCUGGCAGCACCGGCAGCACCGGCCCCAACGGCGCCAUCGGUACCACUGGUGUCACCGGUUCUACAAGCACAGCCACCGCCGAGCGCCACCGCUACAAAGCCCGUUGUAGCUCAAAAGCUUGACGCGAAAAAGUCUGAAGCUGCCCCUGUCCCUGUACCGAAGAGCACCUGGUGGGAAGCGUUGGCGCCCCCUUUCUCUUUGACGGGAGAGCCAGUCACCAGCGGCGCUGUCGGCCCAAACGAAGAGGUUCCUGUGCCGGCCCAUGUGCGGCGCUACUCCAUGGCUAUGACCGACAAUCAGCGCGCACAGGCUCGUACUAACGUGAAACUGAAGCGCGCACCGCACGUCACAGAGGACCUGAAGGACUAUGCCGCGCUGCUUGGCAGUGCCGUCGGCUCGGCUGGAGUCCCGGGAGGGCAGACGGCCGCAGGACCUUCGGCAGCAGGGAACGUCAGCAGGGGGGCCCCGCAGCGCAACGAGAUGAUCGAGGACAUCCUGGAUUACGAGUACGGAUCCAGAAUGCAACCGAGCCUCGAAAUCGAAGGGAGUGACUUCGUAGGCCACCGGAGGCGGCGCAAGUUCAGUUUGGCUGGACUGUGCGGCAGGUGCUUCGUGCUGUUCUCCUUGAUCUCCGCAACGUGUGGUCUGCUGUUCUUCACCUUCCACCUUGGACAGACCCUGUCCAAGAACUUGGGAACGCCGGGCGUGAAGUUGUUCACCACAAACGCCACCUCGGAAACAACAACCUCUUCGAGUGUUGUCACCAGCCCUACUUCCACCUCGUCGACGAAAAGGACAACUAAAGCUACUACCACUACGAGCACGACAACGGCUUUGCCCUCCGCAGCCGAGCUGUACGAUGACGUCGCGGGCCGGUUCAGGACCUGCGCGAAAAUACGAUACCCGGAUCCACCGCGAGGUGUACCGGUAUUGAAUACGAGCAACGUGCCGUACAGGGCAAGCACCAGAACGCAGUACCGGAAGCUGCUCUGCGUCAUCGACACCAGGUACUUCUCGGCAAGGCGUCCGUACGUUGUGGACCUACUGCCAACAACGUACUGCUCGGAGCUGAUUUUCUACGCUGCGUACGUGGACGAUGCACACCUCUUUAAAGUGCGCCCUAAGCGUGGCCACAUUGACCAGGAGUUCCUCGCUGAGAUCACGAGGCUAAAACAAUUGCGCACACAUCGCGGUGAUCGGCUCCGACUUCACGUCACUCUGGGCGGGUCGCACAGUGAUUCGCCAAACUUCGUGGAGAUGCUGGAGAAGUACGAACUCCGCGAUGAGGUCGUCAUGGAGCUGCACGGCGCCAGCAAUUUCUUUGACGGCGUGAACAUCCACUGGGACCGUCCAGGCGGCUAUUGCGACGAGGAAUUCACACCAGCCUAUUUCCGCGCCUUUAUCGAGGUGUUGUACUUAAAGAAUAUGAGCCUGAUCCUCACGGUGCCGCCAGUGCUAGAGCUGGUGCGCAACUUCUGGCUCAUCAGCCUGACGCGCUACACGGACUACGUCAUUGUUACGACGCACACACUUCGUCGAAAGGGAGUGCUGGACUGCUCUGGGAGGCGUGAGUUCGCGGCGGCAUCGUACCUCGCCAUCCGGGACCACGUCUUCCACGAGACGGCCAAUCCCUUCCAGGCAGCGAAAGUAAUCUACUCCAUUGCUCUGGGCGCCGACGUGUUCCGGGCGACUGUGCCGCUCAGCUCCCCUCGGCUGCUGGAUGCCGCCACACCGUCCAGUGUCUUCGACGGCCCCACGGUGCAAACGAACAAGACGAGCUACGACCACGUGUGCCGCAUGCCCAAGGGUGUCUUCGACGGCGAGUGCGCCUACGCCAUCCGGCAGCAGAGCACCGGUAGCACCGAGCUCGCCUUGUUCGCGGGCCCCGAGGAACUGGCCACGCGCAUGCGCAACUCGUACGCCAGCAGGAUGGGCGACACACCGGUUGCAGUGUACGACUUGUUUUUGGACGACUUCGGCGGGAACUGCGUUUAUGCCGGAGGGCCGACUACGAGGGACUCUCCUCUGGUGGCUGCCAUCGCUGAGACGGGACUCUAACCGGGACUGUAGCACGGCAGCUCCCGGGUGUUUUUUUCGUGGCAGGCGCUCCUAGUUUCUGACACCAGGGUGGCGCCUCGGGAGGUUCCCGCUUUUGCUUGCGCGCGGCAGUUGCCACGAGCUGCAGCACUUAAGCGAUCCUUCGUUCAUUUAUGUACUCAUUCGUUCAAUUAUACCUGUUUCGCUAGAUUACUACAGAAAUUCGUUGUUUUAAGGAAGUGCUGAAAAGUUUUCAUCACUGGUAAACGCCACAGGGAGAGAGUACUUGCAGACGACAUCGUUCUUUCUUGCCUUCUCGCUCAUUUUUUUUUAGUAGCGUUUAUUGUUUCGGUCUAGUAACUGAUAUUAGUGCAGCGAGUCUGAGCCUCGAAAAGUUAGUGCUUGAGUGGGACGCAAAUGGGACUAAGCUAAGAGUUCUGGUUGCGUGGACGCGUGUAUAUUUCCUCAAAAAAAAAAAAAAAAUUAAACGCGACCUUUUUUGAAACUACUUAAAUGAGUGUGUUAAUUCCCGAGUUCGUGUGCAUUCAAAGCAACGGCCGAUUUCAGACUUUUACACUCACAGUUGGUAAGAUACGGCGUGCUUAGAAACAGGCUACAGAGCAAUUUCAAGUCGUAUUUACAUAUAAUCGACUCGUUAGAUAUGAAGAAUUGCCUUUCAGUGUUUUAGGAGAGCCAG